CAGACCGAAACAUCCACACAUGCAUCUCCUUUUCCCUUGGACAAACAAGACACGACAGAAAUCAAGCAGAAAAUGGCAAACAACACAGUUGCGCCUCUGAUGAUGAUGGUCGUCAUCUCCUUGGUGAUGGCAUUCACAGAAGCCAAGUGGGCCGAGUCAGUAGAGGCCAAAAAGGAAGCGACGCCGUCGGAGACAGUAACCAACCUCCAGUUCUUCUUCCACGACACAGUCAGUGGGAAGAACCCUAGUGCCGUACGUGUGGCUCAAGCCUCCGACACCAAUAAGUCUCUGACACUUUUCGGGGCUUUACUCAUGGCCGAUGACCCGCUCACCGAGACUCCUGACCCCAAUUCCAAGCUCGUGGGUCGGGCACAAGGGCUAUACGGGUCAUCCGGCCAGCAGGAGCUUGGCCUGAUUAUGGCUAUGAGCUUUGCGUUCAUGGAUGGUCCUUACAGUGGUAGUUCCAUUAGUAUAUUUGGUAAAAACUCGGCACUGAACCCAGUUCGAGAGUUGCCGGUUGUGGGUGGAACUGGGGUGUUCCGGCUGGCUCGUGGAUAUGCAAUUGCCCAUACUCAUUGGUUUGAUCUUAGUGGUGAUGCAAUUGUAGGAUACAAUGUCACUGUGAUUCACUAGAGCUACUGUACGAUUUUCUGUUUCAGAUUUCCUUUCAUUUGUUGGGUAAAUUUGAACUUGAAUCUCUUGCAUAUGGUUUGCUCUAAUGUUGUAUGAUCUCUUCUAUGAAUUUACUCUUCUUAUGAAUUUAGUCUAUGAUA